CAUACAUAACUUAAGUCAAUGGAGCAAGAUGACAGCAGCAUUUAUGUGCACUGAUCACAGCGUCUCCAGGUGCAGUUGAAAUGCUAAAGUUGUUCUCACCACGGAUGCAAAGGCCGAGGUUCUGCCAGUGACCUUGCUCAUUUAGAACCCAGGACUGGUGCCUUUUCUAGGGCACUCAAUAAACAGUGCUGCAGGAACUAGUCAGGUAUCUGUGGGCACACCACCAAGGACAAUGGACUCUACAUCUGUUGUUGAAGUGAAUUUGUUUUGGCUUAUCUUCAGUGACAUUUCCAAUUUAACAUUUACACAGCCAUUCUGUGGAAACAUCAGGUAUUUCAAAUAUGUAUUGAGAAAUUGCUUUGUUCUGCUCCAGGUUUGGUGUUUUAAAACGUGUGAAAGUGUUUCUACAAAUUAAAAAGUACCUUCAAGUAUUUUCCUCACAUUUUAAGUAUGUUUGCCUCUUGAAGAAAAUCAUAUGCAAAUUCAUAUCAGAUGACAUGUUCUUUGUAUUUCCUGUAAGUAAGAAGAUGAAUCUCAAGUUACAUGCCCUAUAAAUUAGACCAUUUAAUAAGCCUUUCUUAAUUCGUAUUGGAGCCGCUAGGUAAGUUGAACAUCUUUUAAUAAGUUUUUGCUUAAAUUUCGUUGAAUCUAUUAAACUAUUACAAAAUUUUCCAUUUCUGAUUUAUGUCUCAACAUUUUUAUUAUCACUUUCACCUAUUUUUAUAGACCAUGUCACCUGCUGUGAAGAUACGUUAAAAAUGGAUGCUGCAAUGGAAGAAUGAGCUUUAUAAAUUGUUUUGUUCUUAAACCAAUUGAAAAAGACAGCUUGAUCCAGUUUAUCCUAAAACAACUUUCUCUUGCUAAAGGAACCAUGUGUCUGUUGCUCUCCUGUAAAAUUAAAAUUGAAACUAUAGCUUUUUCCAUGGGGUAAAAUGGCAUAUAAUGAUAUCUGUUGUACAAAGAAGAGCUCUGAAAGGGAUGUUUUGGGUUUUUGCUCUGUGGACUUUUGUAGAGUAGCAGACUGUCUUUUGGAAAAAUAUUUUAAUGAUUUGAAAUAAGCUAAUUUUGUAACUACAUUAAUGGCAUUCAUGUCACUGUAAGCAAAGCUUAACAUACAGAAAACUUCAAACCCAGACAGCAAAAUUCUGAAACAUUUCCCCCCCUUUUUUUUUUUUAAUACAGGACUCUACACUGGAGAGACAACCAGUCUGUUUUACCUUUGGCUUUAAAUGAUGCUGCCUCCACAGCUGUUCCACAAAAUCUUAGGAGUAACUUUUUUCCUGCUCCCAUUAUGUGCCCAAGGUACACCUGCAGGAUUUCUUUCAUACAUUUACAAGUAUUUGACUGGAGGUGAAACAAAUGAAAGAUUUAUACCAACUUCCAUACCGGUGGCUGAUGGUGAAAUGGGAGACAUUAAUCAUCAAUUGGAACGUCGGAUUUCCAGACUGGAAGGAGUCCUCCGCUUGGAAAAGAUGAUAACGGAAUCUGGAGGAAAAAUAUUUGCUAUCAGUGGGGAAAGGGCUGAUUUCAAUACUACACUGCAAAAAUGCAAAGAAGCUGGAGGGUCUAUUGCUGCUCCGAGGAACCAGGGCGAGAAUGAUGCCAUUCGGUACUUUGUGAAAACUUUUAAUACCUACGCCUACCUAGGGGUAAAGGAAUCUCUUAUUCCAGGCAAAUUCCAGUUUCUGGAUGGUACAAACCUGAGCUAUACUAACUGGCAUUUAAAUGAACCUUCUGGCAAAGGGGAGGAGGGAUGUGUGGAGAUGUACACUGAUGGCACUUGGAAUGACAAAAGGUGCAACCAGAAUCGCCUUGUUAUCUGCCAGUUUUAGUGCUUCCCUUGCUGCUCUCUGGCAGGCUUGCUGGAAUAUGCUUCUCUCUUGGUUGUCUCUUCGUUUGUAGCUAGUGAACUCAGACAAUGCAGCAUGAAAAAAUAAAAUUCACUCUUUCCCAGCCUGAUUUAUCUUUUAAACAAAUGCCAGCUAUAAAGAGGAAAUUGUUUAUAACAAAA